CAUUUUGCUCAUGACUUUUCAUUCACUCACACCCACUGUCAAAAAAGUUAUAACUUUGCUGAUGUUCUAACGAUAAAUGUUUUUUACUUUAUUGUCGUACUGUAUUCCCACGCUUUUACUUAUUUACACAAAGCAAUAACAAUCGAGUAAUUAAUUAAGGUGACAAAUAAAUCAAUAAUAUUGUGAACUUUAGUGGCAAAACAUUCGAGAUAACUGGUGAUUUACAUCGGCAGUAGUGAAUUAAUCAGCUGAAUCAUAAUGAAAGCGCCUUUUAAAUAACUGGAAGUAGGUGAAGUGUGAAGAAUAACAUUGAAUUGUACGUAGUGCUGCGUUCCUGUUGUGUUGGAGAUGACUGACAGUACCUUUGUUGCGAAGCCGGCGCGGGGUUGGCUGCACCCUGACUCGGUGCUGGCCAGCGAUGGAAUCACAUACGCAGUCAGGUAUAUUGGAUGUAUGGAAGUUCUAACUUCCAUGAAGAAGCUUGACUUCGAAACAAGAUCUCAAGUAGCAAAAGAAUGUAUUGCAAGAGUAUGUGCUGCAGCUGGUUUAAGGUCAGCGGACAAGAAGCGCAGAGUUUGUCAGGCUGCAGUGAGAGCACUAGCCGCACGUCCACGGAUGGCGCACUCCGGAGCUAACGUGGCACUAACCAUAUCAUCUAAAGCAAUAACAUUAGCCGCACUUGAAGGUGGAGAGACAAUAGCUCGUCAUGAUAUGCCUCGAGUGUCAUUCGCCUCAGGAGGAGAUACAGACUCUUUGGACUUUGUAGCUUAUGUAGCCAAGUCAGUGCCUCCCGCAGAGUGGAGAGCAUGUUACGUACUAGAAUGUGGAGGUAGACUAGCACAAGAUGUCAUAGCAACCAUAGGACAAGCGUUUGAACUCCGUUUUAAAGAAUUUUUGACGAAACCCUCAUCGUUAAAUCUAAACGGAGGUCGCGGACUAUGUGGCGCUACGACCGGCGUGGCGCCGACCGACGACCGCGAGUACUACAACGACAUGCCAGACAAGACGCCGCCGGAGACCACCACCUCGUAUAGACACCCCCCGCCCCCGCCUCUUGCGUCACUCGCCUCACUAGCUCCUAUAUCUUCAUGUGAGGAGAGUGUAAGGCAUUACGUGAACCAGACCCCUCCACCUCGCACCCCGCCCACUGCGCUGUUGCCAAACCAUCAUACCGACAUCUUCGAUAUGCAACCGUUCACAGCUGCACCAGUAUCAUCAUCAGCAGCGUCGUCAUCAUCGACGGCGUCAGUAUCGUCACCCAAUGACGUGCCUGCCGAGCCACUGUCUGCGCAGGCGCAGGCCGCGUUACUAGCCCGGGAACCGUGGUUUCAUGGACCUAUUUCUAGGACUACUGCUGAAAAGCUAGUGGUAGAAGACGGAGAGUUCCUAGUACGUGAGUCAGCGGCGUGUCCUGGACAGUUUGUGCUGACGGGGGCCAGGAAGGGUAGCCACAAGCACUUGCUACUCGUCGACCCGAAUGGAGUGGUACGAACGAAGGAUCGAGUGUUUGAAAGCGUACCGCAUCUAAUCAAGUACCACUGCAGCAACGAACUCCCAAUAGUAUCGGCUGACUCAGCGCUGUUAUUGCGCAAACCUGUUCUAAGAGACGGAGCGUCAUGAGGCCAACUAACACCCACUGACCCCAGACUCGACAUUACAAAAUACGCACUCGUACGACCCAAUUCUUCCAUCUUCGUAAGAUUGAGGUAUUGAGUCUCAUUGUAAUGCAAGGAGACGAUCAGUAGGAAUUGAUAGAGCUUAAUGUAAAGCAAUAGUCCACGGGAUCACGUUACCCUCAGCCAUAUUAAAAUUCUUAUCGUCGUAUAUUUCUUCUAACUUGUGUACCGUGAUCCCAGCGUACCAAGGACAUUAAUUUUUUCAAAAUUAUAUAAUUAUGUACGCAUUUAUUACGAUUCCAUUUUAUUAUAAUGAUUUAUCCACGUAAAAGUGAUAGGAUAUUUGUAAUUAAUUACCAAAGGCACGUUUUGGUUGGAAUGCUAUUGCAAAAAUGUGAUCUAACUUCCAAUAAAGUUAUUUUAUAAUUUUUAUAUAUUAUUAUAAAACUAGUCUUCACCAAAUUUCUAUUUAGAAGUGAAGGCCGUAAAUCUCGUUUAGUGUGUGUAAGCAUGAGAUUAGUUAAUAUUAUGUUGAAAGUAAGGAUAAUGUUGCUGUGCAAUUGACCAUGCCAAACUGUAGUCGAGACACAGGAGUCUUAUUUUUAUAUCAAAUCGUAUUUUGCUAAAUAUCAUAUACAUAUAACGUCGGAGCAUGCAUGCAAACGUCGCACAAAUUGAUUGAAGCUCUCUGCGUCAUAGUUAAAAUGUUUUAUUAUAUGUUUACAAUAAAGUAAUAAAUAACAGAUAGGUGCUAUGAUUGCUUACUUAAAUAAUUUUAGAUUAAUGUAGUCGAGUAAUUUUAUAAAGAAAAUGUACAUACAACAUCACAUCAUCUUGUAAAGCGUAGACUACUUUAAGACUGUUAUGUUAGACUCGAAUCUUUUACUAAGUUAAGUGAUAAAAGUUUGAUGCUUUAAAAUUAUUCCUCUCCAUAGAGAGUUUGUGUAGUGUCACAAAAGUGCACAGAAAGUAAGGGUUUGACUCCUCACUGGGGAGAAAAGAGUUUCGCCUACAAGAUCUGUAACUCCUGUUCGUUAGGCAAUAAUAGCAGAAAAAACAACACAAUAGUUAGAUUUCAAACUGACUGUACCGAGUUGUCAUCACUCGGCUGGACUGAUUUUAUAAAAGGACUAAAUAGGAAAA